GUAUAUUUAUAAUUAUAUGCAAGAAGAAACACUAUAAAAGAAGCAAUCAGAAAUGUCGUCUUUAGUUAAUACAUGGGUUCCAUUUUCUAGAGAACCGACAAAGAAAAUAGAUGUUAACAAAAAAUAUGAGGAAUGUGUUCAGACUUUAAACUCUUUGCAGAGCAAUGAACAGACUCUAGAAAAGAUUCAACAAGCACGUGAAAAACAUGCACCUCUGUAUGUUUCCAACAUUAUUAAAUGGGCAUCUAGAGUAGGAAUGACCAUGGAUGACAUAGAUAGAUUAAAGGUUAUACAUGUCAGUGGAACUAAAGGUAAAGGGUCAACAUGCGCAUACUGUGAGAGCAUUCUACGACAUCAGGGGUUCAAAACAGGAUUUUACAGUUCUCCUCAUCUUGUCGAAGUAAGAGAGCGAAUUCAAGUAAAUGGACAGCCACUGUCUCGUGAAAAAUUUGUAUCUUAUUUCUGGGAUGUGUUCAACAAGCUAGAUGCUACAAAGGUACAAAAUAAUGAUUCUAUGCCAGCAUACUUUGCUUUCCUUACCAUAAUGGCAUACUAUACUUUUCUGCACGAAGAAACAGAUGUAGCUAUAAUAGAAGUUGGUAUUGGAGGCCAGUAUGAUUAUACUAAUAUGGUGAGGAAACCUGUAGUGUGUGGAGUUACUUCCCUUGGAAUUGAUCAUGUUUCUAAUUUGGGCAACACUCUUGAGAAGAUUGCUUGGCAUAAAGCUGGUAUUUUCAAACCUGGUGUCCCAGCAUUUACAUCCCCACAGUGUCCUGAAGCACUUAAAGUUCUGCAUGAAAGAGCAAAGGAAAAGGGGUGCCAUCUUAGAGUUGUUCCAGACUUUGCUUCCUACCAAAGACCAGGUGAGAAGUUCAAGCUAGGUAUUGCUGGACAUAUGCAGAAGGUCAAUGCUUCACUUGCUUUACAGCUAACAAGGGCAUGGAUGGAAACUCGCGGAAUUCUAGAAGAGGAUGAAUUGAAUGGUGUGAAUGCAGAUGCUGUUAAAGGACAGGUUGAUAUAGGAGUAGCAAAGUCUUUCCCUUUGAACCAAUCUGUAACAGACGGUUUAGUUGAAUGUAAAUGGCUUUGUAGAAAUCAGACCAUUAAGAAAAACAAGUUAACAUACUAUCUAGAUGGUGCACAUACCCUUGAAAGUAUUCAGCAGUGUGUUGAUUGGUUCCAAAAACAUUCCGAAAGAGAAGCAAAAAACAUCAGUGGUAAAGUGGUUAAAAUUCUGCUGUAUAACACAAAAGGAGAUAGAGAUGUAACACGUCUUCUUAGACCACUCAUGUCAUGUGGGUUUGAUGCAGCGGUAUUCUGUCCGAACAUAUCAUACACAACAUCAUCAAUAGCAGGUACAUUUUGCACCAUUGACUAG